CAAAAAAAUAAAUAGUAGUACUAUUCAUUUCAUUAACAAAGAAAGCAACACAUCACCCUCACGCAGCACCAAUGAGUUACAACCAACAACAACCACCGAUCGGAGUUCCACCGCCGCAAGGUUAUCCGCCGGAGGGAUACGGAAAGGAAGGAGGAGGAUAUCCACAACCAGGAUACCCACCGCAAGGAUACCCACCACAAGGAUACCCACCACCUGGUUAUCCACCGCAGGGAUAUCCACCACAGGGGUAUCCACCACAGGGGUAUCCACCACAGGGAUAUCCUCCGCCACCGUACCCAGCCCAGGGCUAUCCUCCACAAUACGCUCCUCAAUACGCUCAACAACCUCCUCAUCAACACAAUAAUAAUAAUUCAUCUGGUUGCUUACAAGGCUGUUGUGCUGCUCUCUGUUGUUGCUGCCUAUUGGAUGCCUGCUUCUAAGAAACUUUUCUCUGCACAAAUUUUAUUGAAGUGCGUUUAGCAUUGAGCUCAAUGAAAAUUGUCUCUAGUUUCUUUUCUGUGAUGUGUUGUUGACUGUUUCUUUUUAUAAAUAAAGUAUUUGAACUAUA